CAUUAAAAAGUACAAAUCCAUUCAUAAGUAAAAUAGUUUGAUCAAAACAAACAAAAACAUGAAUUCGAAAAUAAUUUUCUCGAUAAUAUUUAUGUUUUUAUUGUCGAUGUGUAUUCCUAAAGCAAAAUCAGUUGACGUUGAUAUAACAACACUUGGUGCCAAAGCAGAUGAGAAGACAGAUAUUAUUACAGCUUUAAUGGAUGCUUGGAAACAAGCAUGUGCAGCAAAAGGUGCAAGUAAAGUUAUAAUUCCGAAAGGGACAUAUUUGCUAGGUGGUCCAGUAAUAAUGGCAGGCCCUUGCCAAGGAACAGUAGAACUUGUAGUUGAAGGAAUAAUAAAAGCCCCGACAACUUUAAAAGGAGACACAUGGGUUAGUUUCGAACAUGUUGAUCAGUUUACAAUGUCUGGUGGCGGAACUUUUGAUGGUCAAGGGCAAGCUGCAUGGGGGCAAAACGAUUGUGCAAAAGAUGCAAAAUGCGAUGCAAUGGCUUAUAAUUUGAGAUUCAAUUAUCUCAACAAAGCCUUAAUUCAUGAUAUAACUUCUCUCAACAGUAAGAAUUUUCAUGUCAACAUCUUGGGAUGCAAUGACAUUACCUUUAAAAGUUUCACAGUUACUGCACCUGCAACUAGCCUAAAUACAGAUGGAAUUCACAUUGGACGAUCAAAAGGUGUUAACAUUAUUGAUACAAAAAUCGGUACCGGUGAUGAUUGCAUCUCAAUCGGUGAUGGUAGCCAACAAGUACAUAUCACAAAUGUAAAAUGUGGACCAGGCCAUGGCAUUAGCAUUGGAAGUUUAGGGAGGUAUCCUAAUGAAGAGCCUGUGUCUGGAAUUUUUGUUGAACAUUGCAUCCUCUCAAAUACUGAUAAUGGUUUGAGGAUUAAAUCUUGGCCUGGAAUGCAAAGCGGUACUGCAACUGAUUUACAUUUUGAAGAUAUUACAAUGGACAAUGUGAAGAAUCCCAUCCUUAUAGAUCAGAUGUAUUGUCCAUAUAAUCAGUGCAACCAUAAAGCAGCAUCGAAGGUAAAGGUUAGUAAUGUUAGCUUCAAGCGUAUAACAGGAACUUCUGCAACUCCUCUGGCUGUUCAACUUGUUUGUAGUAGUGGCCUCCCAUGUGAGAGUGUAGAGCUUGAAGAUGUUGAUCUUAAAUAUACGGGUGGUGAUGGCCCUGCAACAUCUGAAUGCAGUAAUGUGAAGCCAAAAAUUGCAGGAACAUUUAACGUAGCUGGAUGCGAAGCUUAAAAUCAAGUCUGCGGAAUUUGAAAUGUAAUAAUGUGAAUAUCAUUUUCUUAUAGUUAAUAUAUUCAACUGAGAACAAUAUUUUGUUUGAGGAUGAGUGGUGAAUACAAUUAAAUUUAUUAUUGAUGAAUAAUAUAUUCUUUUUAAAUGCUCAA